AUGGCUGUUGGUGAGCUAGAAAAAAUAAUGGCGAUUCGAAGAAAGGUGAUAUACGAAGAUGGUGGUUGUUCAUGGGAACAAAAUGAUGGAAAAUGUAACGAAAAUGGUGUGAACGGAACUGCAGAAGAUAAUAGUUCUGGACAAAUAACCGGGUUGCAACAAAAUGGUUCGGAUGAGCGGAUGAAUGUGGAUUAA